AUGGCCUCCACCGGAGCCUCUGAUUCAGUCCGUUACUCAGAGGAACGGCACUUCAUUGUGCCGGUGAACCGGGCCGAUGUCGCAAUGCUGUGCUUGAACAGGUCGCAGAUUCUCUUCAACCUUGUGGGUGACUUGCUGUGCUACAGCGGGGCCAAUGAGGUCAACAUCCAAUUGAGCAUUGUCCGCUCUGCUUGUCGGGAGCUCCGCGACCAGAUCGAUGAAGAGUGCUUGACUUUUAACUAUGACGACAAUUGUGGGCUGGGUGGAAGCCGCUCGCGUGACCGAGACGAGAUCAUUGCUCUGAACAACUGGAUCUCGCGGCACCCGCGAUUGAAAUACUUUGAGUGCAUGAUUCGGAAUGCAGCGAAAUUCCGAGUGCUCUUGGAGGAGCUGCGAUUGCCUCCAAAUACUCGCUGCAGCUUCGUCUUUGAGUUUAAGGUCAGUGCCCGAGAGGUGGAGCAACUCCUGUGCCGCUUUUGCGUUCGGAGACUAUCGUUGAUGCCCGAGGACGAAAAGGACCCACAAGGCGGCUAUCCGAAUCCGAAUUCUCGCCCCUCCUGGCAGGCAACCCCCAGUCUGCACGUUCUCUGCCUGAGAAGUUGUUCGGACGAGAUGGUCCAGUCCUUCUUCUCGGUGAGUCCCAGACUGCGAAGACUUCAAGUGGUGGAUAGCAAGUUGCAGAGCAUUCCAAGCAACAUUUCACAGAACCUCACAAGCCUGAGCCUCACUGGGAUUACCAACCUCCCAGAUGAGCAGCUCUCGAAGCUCUUGAUGGCAUGCGAAAAUCUCCGGUCACUCUACAUCGCCAAAUCCCACAUGUCUCACAUUUCUUUUGCUUUACCAAAGCUGGAGCUCCUGUCUGUGACCCAUUGCCGGCAGCUCACAGACCAAUGUGCCACAGAGAUCCUCUCGCCAGCGAACAAUCCUCGCUUGAGAUUUCUGGAUUUGUCGGAAUGCAGAAGCCUCUUGGCUCCCACCGUCGAGCAUCCGGAGCUUGAAAUCGCGUGGCUGAUGCAUUGCCCACAGCUCACCGGACAGGCGCGAGGUUUAAAGCAUGCACUUCUUUGA